AAAAGUCAGUUCAACUCGCUCAGUGUUGAAGUCGCAUCCGAUCCCGAAUCCGAACCGGAACCAUGAAUCCCAUGAAAGUGCUGAGCCUUCUGGCUUGCCUGGCGGUCGCCGUCAUGGCCAAGCCCAAUGGCCGACAGGACAACUCCGUCAACCAGGCCCUGAAGCCAUCGCAGUGGCUCUCCGGAUCCCAGCUGGAGGCCAUUCCCGCCGUCGACGACCUCACCAUUGAGCGUCUGGAGAACAUGAACCUGGAGCGUGGCGCCGAGCUUCUGCAGCAAGUUUACCACCUGUCGCAGAUCCACCACAACGUGGAGCCCAGCUUCGUGCCCAGCGGCAUCCAGGCGUACGUGCCCCAAGCCAAUGGCCAGAAGAUCGUGGCCCCCCUGAACGAGAUGGUCCAGCGGCUGAAGCAGAAGCAGACCUUCGGCGACGACGAGGUGACCAUCAUUGUGACCGGACUGCCCCAGACCACUGAGACGGUGAAGAAGGCGACCCGCAAGCUGGUGCAGGCCUACAUGCAGCGCUACAACUUGCAGCAGCAGCGCCAGCAGGGCAAGAACAACCAGAACAACCAGGACUACCAGGAUCAGAGUGGCGAGCAGAAGAACCAUCAGCGCACCAGCAGCGAGGAGGACUCCAGCGAGGAGGUGAAGAACGCCAAGACCCAGAGCGGCGACAUCAUUGUGAUCGAUCUGGGCUCCAAGCUGACCAACUACCAGCGCUAUGCCAUGCUCGAUGUGGAGAAGACCGGCGCCAAGAUCGGCAAGUGGAUUGUGCAGAUGGUGAAUGAGCUGGACAUGCCCUUCGAUACGAUCCAUUUGAUUGGCCAGAAUGUGGGUGCCCAUGUGGCCGGUGCUGCUGCCCAGGAGUUCACCCGCCUGACCGGACACAAGCUGCGUCGCGUCACCGGUCUGGAUCCCUCCAAGAUUGUGGCCAAGAGCCAGAACACCCUGACCGGAUUGGCCCGCGGCGAUGCCGAGUUCGUGGAUGCCAUCCACACCUCUGUCUAUGGCAUGGGCACACCCAUCCGCUCCGGCGAUGUGGACUUCUAUCCCAAUGGACCCGCGGCCGGAGUGCCCGGUGCCAGCAACGUGGUGGAGGCGGCCAUGCGUGCCACCCGCUACUUCGCGGAGUCAGUGCGUCCGGGUAACGAGAGGAGCUUCCCCGCCGUGCCGGCCAACUCGCUGCAGCAGUACAAGCAGAACGAUGGCUUCGGCAAGCGGGCCUACAUGGGCAUCGACACCGCCCACGAUCUGGAGGGCGACUACAUCCUGCAGGUCAACCCCAAGAGCCCCUUCGGUCGCAAUGCCCCUGCCCAGAAGCAGAGCAACUACCAUGGUGUCCAUCAGGCGUGGAACAGCCACAGCAACAGCCAGGACAACAAGGACUACCAGUAAAGUGUCAGCAAACAACCAAACAACCAAACAACCAGAACAACCACACACACACAACGACGCUUCAGGCGAAGCACUGUAGUCCCUAAGUUCGAAACCCAAAUUGGCCCUUUCCUGAGUUCACUAUGUUAACUAUGUAACGAGCAGAUCGCUAAAUUCAACUCGCAAAUAAACGCUUGAUAAAGAGCUUAAAAAUAA